GGGGAGCAUUUCCGUCGACGGACAAGCAAAGUGAGCUUGUUUAGUUUGGAUUUUGAGGGCGUAAAUUUGUAUUUAUUAAGAGAAAUACAGUAUGGCUGAAACCACAGAGGAGGCUCAGACCACGGAGAAGUCUGAGGACUACGAGGAGUUGUUCGCCCACAGGUUUACCUCAGAAGACCGUGAAUACCAGGAAUACUUGAAGCGCCCGCCUGACCCGCCUCCUAUUGUGGAGAACUGGAGGGGCCGUGGCGGAGGCAACCACAGAGGCAGGGACAACAGAUACCAAGACCGGCGGGGGUACAGAGGUCGUGGUUGGGGCAGAGAUUAUGGUGGAGAGCGCGGCUGGAGAGGGGAGCACCGGGGGCAGCAGCAGCACUGGCAUGACCGCGAUAGAGACAGAUCUUACAGCAGGGAUCGAGACAGAGGUGGAGAGAGGUCCUGGGAUAGAGACCAAGAGAGGUCCUGGGACAGAGACCGAGAGAGGGGGUUCCGCGGAGGGUAUCAGUCCCAUUCUCAAGGCUCCAAUCAGGGUUACAGCCAGAGGCCACAAUACGACCGCUACUAAUAUCUCUCAGGUUUUGUCAGUAUUUAUAAGGACUUAAAACUUGUAUUGCAGAUAAUAUAGAUGUAUGGAAAUGUGCAACAGUUGAAUCAUGGCUUCUUUCAUAUGGCCCCAGGGUUAGAAGUUAGACUUGAUGUCUCUAUUGACUCCAAUUAAACCUGUCUGUGAUUUUGAAGCAAGAACAUAAAAAGGUUACAAAUGUAACUACAGUUCUAUGAAUCCUGGAUGAGUAGGGAUGAAAUAGAAAUCCUUCACAUCAGGCUGAGAAAGCCCGAAGGAGUCAUGAAUUAUUGCUCCAAAUUUGACAUUUAGAUUGAAGCUUUUCUUGUUGCCAAAACUUUAAAGUUGACAGAAUUCCAUUUUCUGUUACAACAUAACUGCACUGUAAUGGCUUGUGAUUUGGGUAUAGGAAGGCUUAUUAAUGCUACUUUAUCCAUAUUUUUCAGGAAAAUGAUAAAACUAUAAUCUCAACUCAAACUUUGUACUUCAGUUGCGUCUCCUUUUUUCGUGUUUGUUUUUGUAAAACUGGUGUGUGUAAAUGUAUGACAUCAUGUAAUUGUAACAUGUAACAGCACGACUACGCUGUUAUUGUUUUUUUUAAACAAUUUUACAGACGUUGCAGGCAAUGAAUGACCAGAAGAUGAUCAUAUUUUUCUGACACAGUAGUACUGGACUCAUCAGAUCUCAAUAAACACAUAUUUUCUUACAG